AAAUAUAAAACAGGCAGAAAAAUAGGGACUUUUUAAACUGUGGUAUUUUAGAUGAAUGAUUAAUAUUAAUUUAAUGGAGGAAUUAAAAAGUGAUAAAAUACUGUAAUUUAGACUAAACUAGACUGCCAUCUAGCGGUUUGGAUGCGCUAAAACCAAUUAGUUAUUUUCUUUAUUGUGAAAAACAAAGCUGACCGGAAGUCGGUAAGCUUGUCAAGUUUCAAGAUGGCGGCGGGACGAGGGGCGUUUUUACCGAGUUACCUGGAGGGUCUGAGGAGGAACCCCAACACGAACUGCGGCCAAACGGCUCCGGCGAGACCACUAACGUUUCGCAAACCGGGUCCGGGCGAAAGAGAGCCCGGGCCGGGUGGUAACAGUCAAACGGACGGAAAGAGGGGGAAGAACCAGCCAACGGCAGCGCCAUGUUCGUUUAGCGUGAACGGUUGCAGAUGGCCAGAAACCAGAAUAAAUGAAUAUAAAGCAGAUUUCCCCCAAAUGGUAACUCAAUCUGAAGAUAACUUAAUGGAAAGGCUACCGUCUGAGAUGCUACUAAAGAUUCUGUCGUACCUGGACGCCUCCUCGCUGUCCUGCAUCAGCCACGUCAGCAAAACCUUCCACCAGCUCGCCUACGAUGAUGUCAUAUGGCAUAAGAUUUACAUGUCAGAUUUUGGGAAUCCAACAUGGAGGCCACAGCCGGCGGCGGGUGACGCGGUGCUGGAGGUCGACUCGGUGCCGGUGGAACGUUGGUCGGCGGGUCACUGGAAGAAGAUGCACUUCAGGACCGCCACCGGACAGGAUGUGAACAAGUGGAGGAGAGAGAUGAGGGACGUCUGCCCGAUCACCGGUUUACCCCUGAGGACGGAGUGCGUCCUCAGGAACCUGAACGUGAGCUGGGAGCUGACGGUGUGUUGUUGUUCGGGGCUGGAGAUCACGAUGGAGCCGAGCAGAGUGUACUUCUUCGAGUCCUCCGCCAUCGUCCACUUCAGUGCAGAACACGUCCUCAGAUACAAUCAGAUCAGAACCAUCCAGCUGUACGGGGUCAGGAAGGAGACGCAGAAGAGCCCCAAAGCCAGGAGACCUGGAUGGCGUUCUCUGAUCUUGAACCUGGACUUGAGGACUUGUAAUGAUUGGCGCUUUGGGAACGAUAACCUGGUCAGAUUGAGGCAUCUACAGCCCGGCAUCACCAUCGCCACCUGGAGGGGUGAAGACACCAUCGCCUUCAUCAUGGUCACCCUUCACUUCCACAAGCUGCUGGAGAAAAGUCUGCUGGGAUCUCCAGUCUGCCCGUACGCCGAGCCAGUCGCCCUUCCUCCCGUGGAUAACUCGGACCCUGAGUUCGGUCUGCACGGCUACUUGCUGCACUUUGUCCUGCACAACACCGGCACCGAGAUCAUGUCGGGAAACUUCCGCCACCUCUGCUGUCGCAAAGAUCAGAUCCAGGACGGUCUGGUGGAGCUGAGGGUCAUCGACUUGAACAACUUGUCUGAGCACAGAUCGCUGUCGGGCAACAUCAAGCUGCCGUGGAAGAGCGAGUCCCUGGAGGGCUCAGUGGAGAACUGCUGCAUCAUGACUCUGACUCUGCUGGACGAGUUCCAGAAACCCUUCUGGUGCGUCAGCUCGUCCAUUUUCAUCUUGGGCACCAAGUGGCCGCUGAUCGUCGACUACGGCGGCGAGCACUUCCUGAUGCACUUCUACGACCCCGAGGGUCACGUGAAGAUGAAGCUGGUCUGGCUGGAGGAGCAGAAGCAGUUCUUCGUCGUCAGCCUCGUCCUCUACGUUCCUGUCGCCAAAGUCAACGAGCGCUUCAGCAGAGCGUACUGAAGCUGAACAUGUUUCACCGUCCUGAUCCAGCGACUGAGUUCUGCAGUUCACAACAAAUCCCGUCGUAGUUUAUGUCGAGCUUAUGCGGUUGCAGCUGCAUUCGUUCAUUUUUGUAUUUUGUUGACAAUGCAGGGCGUGUGUCACUGCUUUUGUUUCUAUUAAAUGUGAUUAUGUAAAUGUAUCAGUGACUGGAUCCUGGAAAAGCAUUCAGUGCCACAUUUCAUUUUGGAUUUCAGUUACAUAUUUUAGUUUGUUGUACAAAGAGCCAGUUACAUUCUGUGAGAAUGGAAAUAAAGAAGAUUUAUUCAUGAGUCUGAGGAGUUUGGAGUGUUUUUCAGGAGAAAAAUACACAUUUUAUUGAGGAAAAGCCUCUAAAAUGAGUUUAUUGUUAAUUUGUUACCGGUACAGGAAGUGUGUCACUGUUGUUUUUCUUUCUAUUACACUUGUUGAGUAAACGUAAAAAGUGCAAAAUGUAAUUUGCAAAUAAUAUCAGUGACGAGGAGAUAAAACAGACUAGAUAUACGUAUAUAUUGAAUUUCAGGAUUUACUCAUUUAUUAAUUUCAAAAACACAAACAAGAAUAAACUGCUUCUUAUAAUAUCUAUAAAUGGCAACAUUUACAAUGCUCAGAAAAUAGUGAAGAUCUUUGUAAGGAUCAUAAAUGUCAAUAAAACAGUGAGGUGCAAAUCCAAAAUGGCCAACUGAACAGAUCAAAUCAUGUCAAACAUUCAGAGCAUAUUGAUUAGUGUGAUUGUUGUAAACUUGCAUUGAUUUUCUUAUUGACAACUGUUGUAUUUUUAAACUAAUCUUACAGUGAACCACUGUAUUUAUAUCCCAGCUAUGUAUAUACAACAAUCUACAUUUACAUUUCAAAAUGGUCAGCUACAUAUUUCAUUGAAGUCUAUGGAGACAUUUAGUCCCAUUCUAUUUAUAACUUGGGCCUCGAACAUUUCCAUUUAAAAAUUCUUACUUCUGCACAUUUAUCAUCUGUACUAAAGCUCAUCUGACAUUCAUAUUUAAUCAGUUAUAUAAUGCAAUUCAUUGAAGUCUACUGCAGACUGUUUCAAAGCCUCCAUUUACAACACAUCUGUAUUUCAGUGGGCGCCCGUGGCUAAGUGGAGAGCAGGGCCGUCCUUCAAUCAGAGCAUCGGCG